AUGAAUGGAUUUAAGGCAAGAACAAAUAAUCAGAAUUUUAGGUAUUUUAAUAAUAAAAAGAUAAAAAAUAACUUUAUUGAUAAAAAAUAUAAUAAGAAUAUAUGUAAUGAUGUAAAUGAAAUUAGCGAAUACUUAAUUAAUAUUUCAUAUAUAUUAAAUGAAAAGUAUGAAAAAUAUUUUGUUUACGAAUUGAGAGAAGAAAAUUUAAAAAAAGGUAACAAGUUAUUUAACAAAAUAAAUUUAGAAGAUUCUUACGAUUUAGAGGAUGAUAUAAGUAUUUUAAUUAAAAUAAAAGAUGAAAUAAAGAAAAAUGAAAAUGAAUUAUUAAAUCAACGAAAAUGCUCAAAAAUAAUGGAAAAACUAAUUUUUUAUUGUUUUUUUUUGUUGAAAUAUAAUGAAAAAAAUGUAGUAAACAAAGAUAUAAGUAUUCAAUGUUUAGAAAUUUAUAAUCACUUUUUUAAAAUUACACUUAAUAAUUUUAUAAAUUUAGCUACAUCGGAUUAUGCAUCACAUUUUUUACAAACUAUUAUAUGUGUAUUUACCUUUUUUAAUAAAUAUGAAGAAAAGUAUUUAGAAGAAAUAAAUAAAAAUAAUAGCAAAUAUAAUAAAAUUUCAACAUAUUUUACUGAAGUUUGUAAUAUUAUAGUUGAAAAUAUAUUUACUUUAAUUUUUGAUAAGUGUGCAACACAUGUUUUAAGAUCUUUUCUAUAUUCAUUAGGAGGGUAUUUAAAUAUUAAUAUAUCUAAUAUAAGUUUUAGAAAAUCUAAAGCAAGAAAAGGUAAUUCAAAAAAUGAAUUGAAAUAUAUUGACAAAAGUUAUGAUAAUUCUACUUUUUAUGAUUAUAUUUAUAAAAUAACUGAAAAAAUAACAGAAGAAAUUGUAAAUCCUAAAGUAUCUCUUAAUUUUAAAAACCUUUUAUAUCAAUAUAUUUUUUAUGAUAAUCAAAAAGAAAAAGAACAUAACGACGAGAAAUAUAAAAUGGAAAGUAGUAAUCAAUAUUUCAUAUGCCCUUUAUUAUAUAAUACAUAUUCCGUUCCAACAUUAGCAACUUUAUUUGAAAUUUUGAAAGAUAAAAAUGUUGAAUGUGAUAAAUUGAUAUAUGAAUUUUUCCUUAUAGAAAAAACAAAGAAAUAUUAUGCUGAUAAAACACGUAAAAAUGCUAAAUGCUAUGAUGAAUCUCCAUUAAAACAGUUAUUAGAUAUCCUAAUUAAAUUAGAUAAUUCUAGCAUUAUGAUUGAAAAGCUUUUAAAAGUAAAUAAUGAACACAUCUUUUAUGUUUACAACGUUUAUAUUAUUAAAAAUAUAAACGAUUUAAUAUGUAACAACGCUUAUUCAAAUAUGGUCCUAUACAAUUAUUUGAACUUUGAAUAUAUUACAGAAGAAAUGUUCGAUUUGCUAAUAAAAAAUAUAGAAAUAGAGAAUAUUAUAAAAAAUAAAAAAUAUAACAUUUUAAAAUGCUUAUUUGAUUUAUCUCAAUGUUACAAAACUAAUUGUAAAUUUUUAUUUAAUUCAUUAAUUAAAUAUCUCAACUUAGAUAACAAUAACAACAACAAAUUUAUGUGGUUAUCCAUAUUAUGUAUGUGCAAUUGUAAUGAUUUUCAUCCUUUAGUUCUUGACAUUUUUAAUAAUAAAGAAAGUAAAAUAUUUAAUGGAGAAAAUACAAAGGAAAAUUAUUUUGACAACAAUAAAAUUGAUUUAAAUUUCAAUAGUAGUGAUAAAUUUUUUAAUUUAAAUAAUUAUAAUUUUUAUAACUAUAUUAAAAUUGAUAUAAAUGGAUAUUAUAUAUUAUCAUAUAUUCUUUCUUUUCCUAAAGAAUCAAUUAUUCCAUUAAUAAAUUCUUUUAAACAUUUUUGUAAUUUUUUAAGAAUUGUUAACCAGAAUAAACCUAAUGAAACUGACAUUGAUAAUUAUAAUAAAUUUUGCGAAAUAUUUCUUUAUAAAAAUGAAUCUAAUACUAAUAAUGAUAAUAUAAAUAGUUAUAAAAAUGUAGAAUUUAAUAAUGAAGUUAACAUAAAUGAUGAAAAAUUAAACAACUAUACUAAUCAAAAUAAUUAUAAUAACAUAAAUAAUAAUAACUUCAAUAAUCAAAAUGACUUGAAUAAUCAAAGAAAAAUAAAACCGUUUGUUAGAAAAAAUGCAGAGAUACGAGGUAAUAUUUUAUUAUACUUUUCAUGUGAUAAAAAUUUAUCAAUACUUUGUGAAAAAAUAGCGCACACUUUUAAUUUAAUAAACGAAAAAUAUCUAAGAAACUUUAUUUUAUUAUUUAAAAAUGAAUAUAAGAAUAUUGCUAGCAAUUACAUUGGAGCUCAUUCAAUAGUUACAUUCUUUAAAUUAGGAUCAAAUGAUAUUAAAAAAAAGAUAUUAGAUGAAUUAAUAGAAAAUGACAUAAAUAUAUAUAAUAAUUACAUAAAAAAUUUUAUGAAGCUAAAAGAAUAUAAAAAAACUAAAACUAUUAAUACAAAUAACAAAAAAUAUCUGAAAGCAAAAAAACUUUUUGAAGACAUAUUAAUUUCAAAAGAAAAAAAAGGAAUAGAAAAUAAUCAUAAUGAGGAAAGAGAAAACGAAACAGAUAAUAAUGAAAACAAGGAUAUUAAUCUUGAAAAUAUAGCCGAAAAUAAAACUUAUAAAACUAAAAAUAACUCAGAAAAAAAUACUGAUAAUAAUAUAAACGCAGAUGCCACUGAAGUUUCAAAAUUUCCCGAACUUUUAGAUAAAAAAAAGAAAAAGAAUAAGGAAAAAAAGAAAAAAAAAAAGAGAGAAGAGAAUAAUAAAAAUGAAAAUAAUAAAAAAUAUGACAUAAUUGAACACACAAAUAUAAAUAAAGAAAAUAAUGAUAAUUUAGAUAAUAAUUGUAUUAUUUUAAAAAGUGAAAAAAACAAAAGCGAAAAGAUUAAAAACAUAGAAGACAAAGAAUUUAUGAAUGUAAUAUCUGAUUUUAUUCAAAAUUCUAAAAAGAAAACACGAAAAAGGAAAAAAGAAAAAGAAAAAAUAGAAGAAGUAUUAAAAAAAAAAUGUAGCGCAUAA